CGGUAAUGUUGUGUAUGACAAUACCAAGGCAGGACUUCUCGCGUUACGAAAAUAACAACAGAUGUAGAUUCCAGAAGUAAAAUUGCCUACAGAUGUGGUAAGGUACGAGCCACGGUCGACUCCUUUUGCAUAACUUUUUUCUUUGUCUUUUUUUUUUAAGUCGCAUAUGUACAGUAUAUCURAUGGCAACAUUUGAGAGAGAGAGAUUCCUACCGAAGGAAGAAUGUAUAGUCCAGCUGUGAGCGUCAUCCAUUCACGACGAACCACUGGUGUUUAUGAAGAAUAAACACGUUCUACCAUCGAGGGGCAGUCUGUGAGCCUUCUUCGUUAUAACGGGUGUGUGUGUCUGGUUCACUGUCAGAGGGGAAAGAUCAGAGGUCACAGUAGGUCGGGGGCUAGAGGUUAGGGAUCAUGUCUGCCGUGGCGUUCCAGGACCUUCCUCUCAACAUCUACAUGGUCAUCUUCGGGACCGGAGUCUUCGUCUUUGUCCUCAGCCUCAUCUUCUGCUGCUACUUCAUCAGUAAACUGAGGCACCAGGCUCAGCGAGAGAGGUUUGGAUACAAAGCGGUGGUAUUCAAAGGGGAUACAAAGAAACUGAAUCUACACGGGCAGACAUGCGCCGUGUGCUUGGAGGACUUCAGAGUGAAAGAUGAGCUWGGAGUGUUGCCAUGCCAACACGCCUUUCACCGGAGUUGCCUGGUGAAGUGGCUGGAGGUGCGCUGUGUGUGUCCCAUGUGUAACAAGCCCAUCACUGGACCACCUGAACAUCACCACAGCCUGGGCACACUACUGGAUGAACUGGUGUAGCGCAUUGCUAUGGCGAUACAGUUCGAACAGAGUGGUGUAACAUGUUGCUAUGGCGAUACAGUUCGAACGGAGUGGUGUAACCUGUUGCUAUGACAACACAGUUGGAAUAGACUGGUCUAACAGACUAUACGUCGUUAAAGUGAAUUUACCGGACAAACUGUUCUUAAGGUCCAGGGAGAAAACCACAACAAUGGAGAAAAAAAAGAUUCAGAUUUCAGACCCUCGUGUAUUGAUAACGAGACGGGACACAGAGRAUUAUGGGUACUGUAGUAUAUCAUACCACACCUUAUCAAGUGGAGUCAGUCAUUUAAUGACUGACUGSCCAAACCUCUACAGUGCUCACUCAACCAGUUUCAGGAAUGAGUGCAGGAUUCCCAAACCAGACUCUGGGACUAAAAUGUCCCUCUCAACCCUCAAUCCCUGUCUGGACGAGGGGUUACCUGUUGAGGGAGAACUUCAGGUGACUCAUGAGCCACAUUGCAGAACGCCCAGAUAAAAAAAAUUAAAAAAUGAUGUCGAACAGACAUGCCUCUGAAAUGUAGAGUGAGGAAUCAUGUCAGCUCUAGUUGUGGCAUUUCUAUCUGCAACAUCCAGUAUGUUGCACCCUGGGGAUGAUGACAUACAUUUAUUAUUAUUGUGACACGUUUCCUGCCGACWACACCGUGUGUGUGUGRGUGCAUGCGCGUCUGUCAGAUCUGCAUCCUGCUUAUAUUAAGUGGGUGUGACACACUCCUGUUUUGACCUYUAGGAGGAACCGACGACGACAAUGUAUUUAUUCUGACCAUUAUUUCCUAUAGAUUUGCCAAACAAGCCUAUGCAGUUUAUUGUAUUUAGAAUGAAGAGAGAUUGGGACGCAUUCCUUUAUGUAUGGUAAACUGAAACUGAAACACUGACCCAAUAGCUAAGUCYACCUUCCCUACGUGUACACCGCAAAGAUUUUUCUAUUGAAAUGGAAAUCGUAAGACAAUAUCUGCUUUUGUAAAUAUGAGGAAAAAGUCCAWGGGCCCUGAUUUGUUCUAUGUCCUACRGUGUUUGUGGUGUGUGAACGAACAMUCCUCUACUGUGUAUGUAGAGGCAGGAGGAAUAGAAACACAACUCACCUGCCUUAAACCCCCUCUCACCUCUGGGUCUGCUAUGAUACGACACGGGCCAUGACCCAAUACUUCAACCAUUCCCCUUCCACCCUCCCUUCCGCAAAGUAAUCACUGACCUUACUGGAUGGGUAGAAGACGUUCCACCAUAUAGCUUCCAUCAACAGUCAGGUCGGAUCUGUGAAUAUUUAGUAAAAGAGGUUGAAAGGGUGCAUUUUGUAAGUAUUGGAACAGGUCCAUGGAUUUCACAGUCCUGUUUCAGUUGCCAUGUUUGUGCUCCUGUGAAUGUUUCAGGGMUCGGUCAUUUCUCAACACCGUCCAUCUCUUCAUCACAGAGUGUUAUUAUGGACUGCCCUCAUACGAACAGUUACACCACGAAACCUGGAAGGGUCACUAGACCAUAGUCACUAGAGGGCCAGUCGGUCUCUGCUUUUACCGUACUUGACAUGACAAUUACAAAGGAGUUGGCUGAAGCAGGCACCCGAGCUACUAAGUGGCCAGGCCAGAGCGAACAAGUGACAAUAUUUAAUGAGAACUGACAAACAAAUUUGUGUGCCAUCUGUUAGGGGUUAACCCUUUACACUCGUACCCGUAUACCGGUUGACAAGUGAGUAUUUGGACACUGAUAAGUGCCUAAAUUGGAACGCAGAGGCUGUACAGUAACUUGCUAUACAUYACAUCAGAGCUCUGGGUCUCCACUUCACAGCGCUGUAUGGGUUUUGACUGACAGCGGUUCUGAACUUGACCCGCUACGCUCGACAAGAAGUACAAAUCCAAAUCAAAUUGUAUUUGUCACGUGCUUCGUAAACGUUUACAUUUGAGUCUUUUAGCAGACGCCCUUAUCCAGAGCGACGUGCAGUAGUGAGUGCAUACAUUUUCAUACUUUUUUCAUACAACAGGUGUAGACUAACAGUGAAAUGGUUACUUAUGGGUCCCGCUUAAUUAUGGAUUCCAACAAGUUAAGAUAAAGAUAAAAAAUUCAUWAAAAAAAAAAAUGAAACAGUGACAUGAGGAAUAAAUACACACUGAAUAACGAAUAAUGAGUAAAAGUAACAUGGAUUUAUGCAGGGUGUACCAGUACCAGGUCGAUGUGCAGGGGUACAAGGUAAUUGAGGUAGCUUUGUACAUAUACACUGAGUGUACAAAGC